GUCCCAGAUGAAAGUUAAGGCUUUAACCUCCUUCCACAGGCCAACGACAAUCCAUUUAAAACCAGUGGAGCAUGAAUCACACAGCCAUUCAAUUCAAUGAAAUUGAGCAGUUGGAGCCCAUAAAGACGGGUUUACUUUUCACACCAAGUUGAGGAAAGUGGGAUACCUCCAAAGAGUCGCACCUUUAGAUGGGUGUAGCCGAGCUCAGGAUCGGCCUAUAAAGCCCUGUGGCUUCUUGGUUACUGAUACAUAGUUACCUGAGUUAAGCCAACGGCACGAUGCUGACUUCUAUCCAGCGGAUGAUUUUCCUUUUUUGGGCGAGCGUUUGCUCAGCCGAUGCAGAGAAGCUUUUCCACAGCCGGGAUCAUUCCGAUGUGCAGACCCUUAUUCCUCACCAAGCUGAGGUUAUAACGAACAAAUACACAGCGGAGCUAUUUCUCUCUAGAUAUGGAUUCAUUAAGGCGGUGAACUGGGAAGAGGUCCAGUUUGAAGAUUCCGACACGUCUGUUAACGACGACUUCCUGGACGACCUUCGGGACGUGAUCCAGGAAGGGACCUUGCAUCGGUCAAGGGACGCCCCGCAGGAUGGCGAUCCCGACGACCACAACAGCCGAGAGUUCAUCUCCGCUCUGAAGGAGUUUCAGAGGGUAUCCGGUCUGCCUGCUACAGGUGUGUUUGAUGAGGUCACCAGGGUGGCAAUGAACAAACCCAGGUGCGGAGUCCCUGACAAGGAGAUUGGCCUGGACGCCCCUGUAGCGCCUGAAAAGCAUACCGCCAUUGAUGCUGGCAGCGGAGGAAGUGAGCCGUGGACAGAGACGGACACAUCAAGUGAUAUAAUCGGCGAGAGUUCUUCUUUUGGCGCUCCUGAAACCUUCAAAGACGACAUACUCGAUGUGAACGACGCAGCAAGCGGUCUCGCCGGCAUUUCCAACGACAGCGGCAUUCACACCGGCGAAGUUGACACAUACGAUCCCUUUUUGAAUGACCCUUCUGCAAACGGCUCGCACGUGGUCAACGGGGACGGACGGGCGGCAAACGGCGGCGCGAACGCCCGUCAGAGCCCAGCGGUGCGACGCAGGAAACGUCACCUCGCCGCGCUGGUUUCCAAAAACCGCCGCAGGAGAGAUCUGAGGGACACCGGUUACAUGGCCUUUACCAAGAGGGUGUUGAAAUGGAGGCUGAUAGGCGAAGGGUACAGCAGCCAGCUGUCCGUUGAAGAACAGAGGUACAUCUUCAGACUGGCCUUCAGGAUGUGGAGCGAGGUGUCUCCCCUGGAGUUUGUGGAGGACACGCGUUCUCCAUUGGAGGAUAUUGACAUCAGGCUGGGCUUUGGCACAGGAAGGCAUCUGGGCUGCAACCAGAGGUUUGAUGGCACUGGUCAAGAAUUUGCCCACGCCUGGUUCCUGGGUGAUAUACACUUUGAUGACGACGAACAUUUCACCACUCCCAACGCUGGAAGUGGCAUCAGCCUCCUCAAAGUAGCAGUCCAUGAGAUCGGCCAUGUUCUGGGUCUCCCCCACAUCUACAGAGCUGGCUCCAUAAUGCAGCCCAGCUAUCUGCCUCAGGAGUCGGGCUUCGAGAUGGACUGGAUGGACAGGAAGGCCGUGCAGCACCUCUACGGUGGCUGUAAGGGUCGUUUCAACACAGCAUUUGACUGGAUCAGAAAGGAGAAGACGCCCUACGGGGAGGUGGUCAUCCGCUUUAACACCUAUUUCAUGAGGGACGGCUGGUACUGGCUGUACGAGAACAGAAAUAACCGAACGCGCUUCGGCGAUCCAGUCGUCCUGCAGGCUGGCUGGCGUGGAAUUCCCAGUGACGGAGUGGAUGCGUACGUGCACGUGUGGUCCCGAAAAAUGGAUGCUGUUUACUUCUUCAAAGGGGCUCAGUUCUGGAGGUACGACAGUGAGAACGACCAGGCGUUCAAACAGGACCCCGAAGGUCACCGCUACCCCAGGCUGAUCUCCGAGGGUUUCCCGGGGGUGUUCGCUCCCAUUGACACAGCCUUCUAUGAUAGGAGGGACUCUCGCAUCUACUUCUUCAAAAACACCCUUGUGUACGCGUUCGACGUGGAAGCCAACAGCUUGGCGAGAGGCUUCCCCAAAAACAUCAGAGACGUUUUCCCUCCAGUGGUGAGCGGAGACCAUCCAGAUGGCAGCAUCGAUGCAUCGUACUUCUCCUACACCCACAACGCCGUCUUCCUCCUCAAGGGCACGCGCUUCUGGCAGGUGUUGGGGAGCCGCGAUCGCUGGCGCCGGCCCUUCCUGCCGCGAAAUGGGCUGCUGCCACACAAGGAGGUGGAUCAGCACUGGUUCGACAUCUGCAACGUUCAUCCCACCGCACUCAAAUUAACCCGCUGAGUCCGCUGAAGCAGAUAUUCAUGAGACCCGUACUGAUGUUUGCUGAUAGGGACAGCUGAUUAGCCCUUUGUUAGGUAUGUAUACAUGUUGUCAAAUGUGUGUAGAUAUCCUCUAUUUAAAAAAAAGAAAUGUCUCUAUUGUUUAAGAUUUUUAUAAGACCAAAACAGCUCAAUAUGUCUGUUGGCUUACUAUGAGAUGGUAUGAUGCAUAGUGGCAUGGAAACUAUCCUAACGAACCUCUUUGGAUCAAGAUAUGUAGCAUUAGUGAUAAUAUGCUUAUUUAUGGAUUGCCCCGACAACCCUUAUUGUUCUCACACUGGAGAAAUAGCUUUCAAAU